GGACGAAGAAAUUGUUCGACAGUUUGCAACCGCGAACUAAUCUCUGCGCGAACUGUCAAUUCAGAUUGUGUGUAUUUUAACUUGUUUUACGUAAAUAUAAUAUGUCCGCAAUUUUUUUUUGGUGCAUCAUUUUUUGGUCAAUUAUUUGAAUAAUAAUCUUUGAACAAUGAUAUUAUUGUCUGGAGAUAAAGUCGAAUGUUCUCUGGCAUUGAUUGCGCUUACAUUUGCGGCAAUUUUAGCAGUUUUUGAUAGCAUAACGUGGAUCGUUACGAUAAGCGGAAUAUAUUUCAUCAGUGUGUCAUGGGGUUUGAAAGCACUGGGAUAUAUGGGUUUGAAUUUCAAUAAAGCUCCAUGCUUGUCGAGUCCCAGAGCAGUUGAUCCACAGUCUUGUGGGGUGUGUGGAGGCAAUGCCUGCAAACGUCAUCGGCCUUCUAAGAACUUUGCAUGCGUCAAUGUCCCAAAAGAUUUCGACGAUGCCUUGGAAAAUCUACUCGAGCAACUCUUACAAACAUAUGUUUCUGCUUGGUACUCGGAAUUCUCCGUGGAUGAAACUUUUGUUCAUCAGUUUAGAACUUCUAUAGCCACAGCAACUGGAAACAUAGCACAAAGACUUUUUCGUUUAGAUACAGCAGCUGUUAUCUUUGACCACUUGGUACCUAUAGCAUUGCAACAUGCUCAGGACUGGCGAGUAUUGGUUAAUCGCGCCCGAGAUCAAGGUGGAAGACCAACAGAUUAUGCUGCCGAUUAUCUUGGCUCCAGAAUUCAUCCUGCUGCUUAUUCGCGAGAGGCAGAAUUGAACUAUUUAAGAGGCUUGGUUACUACACUCAUGCCACAUUUACUACCUAAUACUCAUUUUUCCAUCAAUAACAAGAUUAUUCUCAGAGAGAUUUUAGCAAACUGGGUUUUGCUGCCUGCACUCGAUGCACUUGCAGAUCCGGAUAAUAUAAAUACGUUGAUUAUUCUUUCCACUUAUCACGAAGGCGAGUUUACACAGACUACAGAUUCCGUAAACGUUCCACUAUUACAUUCCUGGGCUAUGCCUCCUCUACUUUUCGACAAGCUUCCUAAUUCUUUGAAACCCUCUUUGGAAGAAAUCUUGAAUAACCCACAGCUUCUGUACUUAUUCAUGCAACACAUCAAAGAAACUGGACCAGUCCAUUUACUACAAUUCUGCUUAGAUAUCGAUGACCUUAGCAAGCGUAUGUUGAAUCCAGACAUGACAGUUGAAACUGAAGAAAAUUUAUAUACAGCUGCGCAGAGUUUGUAUUCAUCUUACUUGAUACCAAAUAGUCCCAAUUAUUUAUACCUGCCUUUACACAUAUCGAAGGGAUUACAAAAAAUCCUUGAGGGGGGGCCAGGAAAAAUUCAAGAACUCAGAACUUCACGUCCACUUUACCAGGCCCAUCAGGAAGCUCAUACACUUCUAGAAAUAAUUUGUCUGCCGACAUUUCAUCAUAGUUAUCAGAUGUACACAUUGCUCUGUGGCCAACAGGUGCCGGCUCAUUUGCCAAAGUCAAUUCAACAGAAUAAUGUUCAAGGUGCUGCCACAGGUGUAGGUAGUAGAUUGAGCUCUCAAAUAGGAAAAAUUCAGAGAGUAUUACGUUCAUCUGCAGUAGACGGAUCUCCCUAUCAAACGGAUAACGUGUACCAAGCCGAAGAAGUUGAUUGCUCUUCUAGACUUCACAGCCUUACAAAUUCUUGUGAAGAAGGAGGCAGCCGAGACCUCACUGCUUGGCGAGUUACAGUCCCACAUGUCGACGGGGGUGGAGCUCAACCUCUUUAUAUGAUUGCGAUUCACAGCGUGUCCCAGGAAAAAUCUUGGACAGUUUUAAGAAGAGAUAUUGACUUUUAUAAUCUCAGAACUCGACUUGCUGAAUUCCACGGUGACAGAGAAUUAAACGACUCACCUCUCCCUGCUCGGAAAAAUCAACAUCCAUCUCUUAAUACGAACAGACAGAGGUAUCAAGACUUUUUGCAGAAACUACUUGCUAAACCAAAAUUAAGGAGCAGUGAAUUGCUCCACGCAUUUCUUACUGCUCCUGAUAUGGAGCCUCACUACUCCAGCUAUAGCACGCCUGAUAUUGGACUGCUUUAUCAAAAUGUUGCGCAUAAAUUGAGGAAAGAACGGGGACAGCAUUUAGAUAAAUUCAUGAAUACUUUCCUCACCUCUGUUAUCAUCAAACAUGAGCACACCGAUGUCGGAGUUGAACCUUCUAGUGAACACAGUCUGAGCCUCCCCCAAAAAAAAGGACGGGACUUGAUCCAUAUAGGACCAUUUGAAAACAACCUUGAUCUGCCACCAAAACUACAGAACUUUCAAUUCGUCCUGACAAAUCAACCCCAACAUGUCACAGGCGCCACUCAUUGUAUCAUCGAGGCUGUCGACAGUUUGCUGGAGGUACCUCCGUCAUUGGCACGUGUUUACUGGCUUGCAGCUUCUCUAUCUUAUCAGAGUUUAGAUCCGUUAAUGAAUAAAGUGUUGAAUGAAACGCUGGUAAAACUUUUGAGUGGCGGAAGAGCUGCUCUUGUGGUAAAGUUAUUGCAAGCAACGAUUAUGGAAGCAAAAGUAAACGAAAAAGAUAUUUCUGAAAGUGAGAUUUCGGAGAGUGAGAAACGCGAGCGAGCUUUAGAGGGCUUAAGUUCGCUGAUUCCCUGGUGGAUUUUCGGACUUCAUUCGACCUGGCAUAAAUUAAUGCGGUCGUUGUUCGAACCGCUGCAAAAUGCUGCCUUCAAUAAACACUUGGCGUAUUCUCUUAUAGAUCAAAUUGUUGCUGAUCUGUUUCCUGAGAUCCCUCAGCAAUAAAGCGAUCUAGAUUAUGAAGGCUGAUCGAGUUUGAUGAAUCAGAAUUUCAACCAUUGAGAUGAGAGAAUUAUUGAAAUAUUGACAGAUGCUUAGUUGGGAUGUUUAUACGCAAAAUAAUAAUCUUUCUAUAAGCAGCAGCAGGUUGUUUCAGAGGGGAUAGUUGUAUUUAUUGUACAUAAUUUACAUGUAUACAAUCAUCGUGUAUACUCAAUAUUUAUAAUGCUGUGUGGCACUGUUUCAUCACAAGAAUGGUACAAAUCUCACAUUGUACAUAUCGUUUUAUUCCUGGGAUAGGAUCGUUGUAUUAAAUUAUUGCAUAAAACGUAUUUAUUUGAUAAUCUUAAA